CGUGCAUUGGUAUUCUAUUAUUGCUAGGUUUCUUGAUUGGGGACUCCUAGGAAACUCGCAGUCUACGGUUUGUUGACCACCAUACGGCCGACUGGGCAGAUAUGAAAGCUGCUACGAGGAGAAUAGCAUGGAGGAAGCCGUCAGCGACGACGCUGGCGGCGGCUCGUGGCCCACGGCGGGCAUUCUCGACGACGCCGCGCAGACUGGACACGUACGCCUUCAUUGGGUUGGGGCAGAUGGGCUACCAAAUGGCUCGCAACCUCGGCGCCAAGCUGCCGUCGUCUGACACGCUCCGGCUCUACGAUAUCAAUCGGUCGGUGGCGGUGAAGCUGGCGCAGGAGACUAGCACAGUACAGGGCCCGCUCGGGGCGACGACCGAGGUGUCAAGCAGCGCGCAUGAAGCGGCGCGAGAAGCGGUUCUACAGACAACCGUCAUUACCUGCCUGCCGGAACCAGAACACGUUCUGGCCACGUACAACAACAUCCUCACGGGCGCGCCGCCGCCAUCGUCGCCGAGACCCGAGACCCGCCUCUUCAUCGACUGCUCGACCAUUGAUCCCGCGACGUCGAACAAGGUAGCGGCGCAGACGGCGGCGGCGGCAGCUGCGGGGGCGUGGGACGGGCACUUUGUGGACGCGCCUAUGUCGGGCGGCGUGGUCGGGGCCACGGCGGGGACGCUGACAUUCAUGGUAGGGGCGUCUCAAGCCGUGUUCCUGGUGGCCGAGGCAGUGCUCCUGCGCAUGGGGGCGAGGGUGCUGCACUGCGGCGCGCAGGGGUCCGGGCUGGCAGCCAAGCUGGCCAACAACUACCUGCUCGCCGUGGAGAACAUCGCGACGGCCGAGGCCAUGCACUUUGGCGUGCGGUGGGGGCUGGACCCGCAGGUGCUCGCGCGCGUCAUCAACGUCAGCACGGGGCGGUGCUGGCCGAGCGAGGUGAACAACCCGGUGCCGGGCGUCGUGGCCGGGGCGCCCGCCAGCCGCGACUACAAGGGCGGCUUCGGUAUCGGGCUGAUGCGCAAGGACCUGCGCCUGGCCAUGCGCGCCGCCGACGAGAAGGGCGCCAGGCUGCCCUUGGCGGCUGAGACGUCGGGCGUGUACGAGGCGGCCGAGGCCGACGACCGCUGCAAGGGGCGCGACUUUUCGGUCGUCUACCGCUGGCUCAGCGACGAGGGGGCGGGGAAGGAGGAGUCGGGCUCGGGAGAAAAGUGAACAUGUCGCGGCAGCCUGCCUCGAAUGGUCAAUGGUCGGGUAACAGCAACGCAACAAACAGCAACAACACAAAAAUUGGGGGGAGAAGGCAGUCUUCUCACGGCAUCCGCCUGCGUGUAGCGGCCACCGCUACCGUGUUAGCUAGUAGUGCCCUAGUGAAGCUUCAGCCGUUGCGUGCCGCUAGGUGCAGAGGGCGAUGGCGUGCUCCAAUGUACAUGUACAUAAAACGAUGCAUGCAUAACAUAAUUAGGGCAUAAAGUUGACACGUGUGUCGCGGCUUGGUUCGUGCUCCACCUCGAGAACUUUACCAUUACCAUUUUGUACAGUAGGUCGAAGUCUAAUUCUGACCAGGAUUGACAUUCCAUCAACGCCUUUCUAC